UACCUAAUUUUUUCAGAACUUCAACAUCUACAAGCGUAUUGUGCUGGAGAUCCUGUCCAUGCCUGAUCUGGACCGUGCUGACUCCUACCGGAUGUGGGCUGACCUCAGAGACCUGCUGUUGGACCUGUGUGAGAACAUGUCCAAGUCAUCAGAAGCCAGCAGCCCGGCCCAUGAGGAGUUUGAACAGAUGCUGCAGAUUGCACACUACUAUGCUAUCAGGUCUGCAUGUAUGGGACAGAAGGGCAUGGAACACAUUGUUGCUCGGCUAUCUGUGUCCCUGCUGAGACACUCAGACAUCAUACCUGCUGACAAGGCCUUCUACGAGGCUGGUGUUCACUGUAAGUCCAUGGGGUGGGAGAACAUGGCAUUUGUGUUCCUGAACAGAUACCUGGAUCUCAGUGAAGCUAUAGAGGAGGGUUCCCUGGACAUGUUGGACAACAGUGACUUCCAGGAUACAGACAUCCCCUUUGAGAUCUCCUUACCAGAAAAGCAACACCUUCCUGAUGACAAGCGAGAGGAGGUGAAGGAGUGGGUGUUAGCCGUGUCCAUGGACCAGCGGGUAGAACAGAUCCUCCCCAUGGACGAGCGUGACACGUACGAGGCCUCGCUGGUCGCCAUCAACACCGGCAUCCGCUCACUGCCCUGUGUCGUCACAGGGUACCCUGUACUACGUAACAAGGUGGAGUUCAAACGUCCAGGCAAGGCUGCCAACAAGGAUGACUGGAACAAGUUCCUCAUGACAACCAAGAUGACCCACAGUACAGAGUGCCAGGAUGUGUUGAAGUUUGUUGGCAACUGGUGUGGGGCCACACCCAACCCCAACUUCUCCUUCCAGUAAAGUACACACAAAAUGUAGGGCAGCACUGUCUGUGUUGAUACCUGAAAGGGUACCAUCAGAGCCGGGUUACAAAGCAUGGAGUAGUGCUUUUGCAUGGUUUUGCAGCAAUACUGCUUCUCAAGAAAUAAUUCAUAUCAACUUUAAAUCAAUCAUUCCGUCCAGUCUAGAGGACAUUUAGCUAUAUGCUACAAUUUACUGCUGAUAGCAAAGUAAGUUAGAGAUAUAUAAACUGUAUCACUGAAUUUGAAGAUGUACACAUAUUGUACAUUUAUUAUUACAUGUAUCAGAGAAUAUUGGCAUUGUAAUCAUGAUAGAGGUUUACAAGUCUUAGAGUGAUAUUCUGAUAUACAGAAACUGUGCUCAUUGAAAAGAUUUAAAUUAGCACACUUAAAUAGGAUGUCAGAUAGAUACAUUGUACAUGUGUAUGUUUCCAGUGGUUAUAAUCACAUGGUUCCUUCACAAAAGUGCAAAGUACUAAUAAUAGAAAGAUUUUAUUUGCACAUGCAUGAAAUCACAAGAUAUUUCAUAAACGUGUUAUUUCAAGAUAUGACCUUCCUACCAGAUCUUGUUGAGUUUUUGUGCUUUGUAGUCUGUGUGUUGUAGUUGUCACAAGAGACAUCAGGGACAGUUGUCAUGUUGUCUGAAGUGUACAAGACUUAACUCCAAACUGUACCAGUACUUAUAUGUUGCACUGUAAUGUAUGGUUUUCAUGAACAGAGGUAAAUAAAAGUUAAUCAAUUUGUGGUGAAAAA